AUGAAGGAGAAGAGAAGAAGAGGAGAGAGCAGAUGGAGAUGGCCGAUGGUUAACAAUGGAGGAGGCGCUGGAAUUGAUGCAGAAAAGAGAAAUGACAGAAAUAACCCUUCAACUUCAAUGUUUUUACAGGGAAGCGCACAAGGCCACAAGUUGGGGUAUGGGCGCAAGGGUACUGUUCGGGGUUUCAUGGCUCACACUGGCGUAAGUGAGAAAUCAGCUAUUCAGCAUCUGAAGAACAAUGAUUGGAAUUUUCAAUUAGCAGUGGAAGAAUACUACAGCCAGGAACAUGCUACGGAGAAAAACCGAUGUGAGGUGCUUUUCAAUAAAUACAAAGACCCGAAUGUUGACAUGAUUAUGGCUGAUGGUAUUAGCAAUCUCUGCAAUGAUCUUCAGGUUGAUCCUCAGGAUAUAGUUAUGUUGGUAUUUUCAUGGAAAUUGAAAGCUGCGUCCAUUUGUGAAUUCUCGAAGCAGGAGUUUAUUGGUGGAGUACAGUCUCUUGAAAUAGAUUCAAUGGAGAAUUUCAAGAAUAAAAUCCCAUUUUUGCGAUCUCAGCUGAAAGAUGAAGAUACUUUCAGUGAAAUUUACAACUUUACUUUUGAUUGGGCAAAGGAGAAGGGUCAGAAAACUUUGGCCUUGGAAACAGCACUUGCAUUGUGGCAGUUGCUGUUUGCAGAAUUGCAGUGGCCAUUGAUUGAUCAAUGGUGUCAGUUUAUCCAGGAACGGCAUAACAACGCUAUCUCACGUGAUAUUUGGUUACAGCUGCUGAAAUUUGCAAAGACUGUGGACGCGACAUUAUCAAACUAUGAUGCUGAAGGAGCUUGGCCUUGUCUUCUUGAUGAAUUUGUUGAAUACUUGAUCAAAAAUGAUACUUGUGAUAAAAAGUCAGAUGAGUGAUGGGAGACAGAAAUACCCAUGCUGUGCUGCAGUCACUUUCUAUAAUAUGA